UAGUCAUAGCCGAAACUUUGCCGUGUCCACAUACUAUUUAUUCGCCGCGCGUUUCACGUUCCGCGAUUGUCGCAAAAACCAGCCCCAAUAUAAUUAUAAAUAAUAAAUGAAGUGAAGUGUCUGCAAAAUGUUUAGCUAUUUGCCGGUAGUGUGGCUACUUUGGGCCCUUUUGACGGUGCCAGUGCACCGGGUAUUGGGUCAGAUAAUACCGCUGCCCACUUUUUGCGAGGGCCACAGCCCGGAGUGCACCUGUACCGCGGAGGCGAAUGUGGUGCGUUUCCAUUGCCCGGAUGAGUAUGCCAUGCUGCUGGAGGUCUCCGAACCGGGGGCAUCGCUAUACCUGAGCUACUAUGCCUCAGGCGAGUUGCAGUGGCUGCCGCGUUUUAACAUAAGUGAGGUUGUUAAGAUCGAGUUCGAUGCCUAUAGCUUCUGGCCGGAGACAUUCCUGGCCGAUCUGUUUAAGACCCUGGGAGUGAAGAAUGUUAAAUCAGUGAUAUUUAGGGAUCGCACAGCAGAGACUGUGGUCAAGCGAGAUGUCCUCAAUUCAAGCGAUGGAUAUCAGGAGACAACGGUGGCCGGAAAUAUAACCAGCUGGCAUUUCGGAGCCGUUCCUGGCCUGAAAAAGUUCAAAUUUUUCAGCGCUGUGGAGGAAAUACAGGAGUCCAUUUUCCACGAAAUCGAUAGUCUCAAGGAACUGCGGCUCAAUGUGGCAGUGAAACAGCUGCCGGGCAAUCUACUGUCCACGGUCAAGGGAACUUUGGAAGCCUUGACCAUGGAAAGUCCCGCCAUGAUCGCUUUCAAAGAUCCCCUGCUUCGAGAACUGCAGCAGUUGCGUAACCUGAGUAUUUUACUAACUGGUCCGCAACGUGGACGGGACCAACUGCAGCCGCAUUUCUUUGGAUCCAUGAAGAACCUGGUGGAGGUGCGUUUAACCCAGGCCACGGGUCGUGUGAACCGGAAAAUGUUCAAGGGCACCGAGCAGUUGCAGCUCAUCAAGAUGAAUGGCAACGACGAUCUGACGGAGCUGCCCGGCGAAAUAUUCCUGGAUCAGGUUAAUUUAGUCACCCUGGAUCUAUCCUGCAAUGCGAUCAACAAACUGCACAGUGACGUCUUCAAAGGCCUGCGCAAUCUAACCCUUCUUGAUCUAACCAGAAAUAGACUGACUGACUUAUCAAGCACCAUCUUCGCGCCGCUGUCCUCCCUAAAUGUGCUACGCCUGAACAAGAACUCCCUGACCGCCAUGUCGCCCAGUGUGUUCCGCGAGGUGGUCAGUCUGAACUACAUCGAGAUGGUGAACACGCAGUUCUACGGGGCCACCCUGCUGAUGAGCUACGAGGCGGUGGUGUGCACCAAUGAGGAGACCUGCCAGUACAAGUCGGCGGAUUGGCAGUGUGAUCCGCGUUGCAUUUGCUGGGUGCAGCAGCACAUUCGAGCCCUGAUUGUGGACUGUCGUGGCACGAAUUUGGGGCAACUCCCGGAUUUGCCACACACCACACUGGUGAGCACGGAGCUCAAGGUGGGAAACAAUAGCCUCACGCGUCUGCCCACCAUCGACGAGCAUCGUGGUUAUGCCAAUGUGAGCGGUCUCUUCCUGGCGGACAACAAUCUCACCAGUCUGGGAUCCGGUGACCAGUUGCCGGUCAACUUGACCCGCCUGGAUGUGCGCAACAAUCAGAUACAGUCGAUCAGCGAGGAGUUCUUGGAGUUCAUGCAGUUGGCGAAUAACACCAUGACGCUUUCGCUGUCGGGCAAUCCCAUAUCCUGCGAUUGUGCCGCCCUGCCACUCCUCUUUUUUGUGCGCACAAACCCGCAAAGGGUGCAUGACAUAGGGAGUGUGAUGUGUGCCAGGCAGAAGAAGGCCCUGCAGCAGAUGGAGGCCUUCGAGCUGUGCCCCUCGUAUGUCCUGCUCAUUAGCUGCGUGGUUGGUGGCCUCGUGGUCGUGGGCUGCCUGAUCACCGUCUUCUACCUGAUGUUCCGGCAGGAGCUGAAGAUCUGGCUGUACAACAACAACCUCUGCCUGUGGUGGGUGUCCGAGGAGGAGCUGGACAAGGACAAGACCUACGACGCCUUCAUCUCGUACUCGCACAAGGACGAGGAACUGAUAGGCAAGCUGCUUCCCAAGCUGGAGAGUGGUCCGCAUCCGUUCCGGAUUUGCCUGCACGAUCGCGACUGGUUGGUGGGCGAUUGCAUUCCGGAGCAGAUUGUGCGCACCGUGGACGACUCAAAGCGGGUGAUCAUUGUGCUGUCGCAGCACUUCAUCGACUCGGUGUGGGCGCGCAUGGAGUUCCGGAUCGCCUACCAGGCCACUUUGCAGGACAGGCGCAAGAGGAUCAUCAUCAUUCUGUACCGCGAACUGGAGCACAUGAAUGGCAUCGAUAGCGAAUUGCGGGCAUACCUCAAGCUGAACACCUACCUUAAGUGGGGCGAUCCGCUCUUCUGGAGCAAGUUGUGCUACGCCAUGCCACACAAUCGAAGGGUUCUGAAGGGCCAAAAGAAGCAUGCUGGUCCCCUCAUCUAAGUUUAAAAAUCUAGGUAACCGGAAGUAUACUCAAUCGCAUUCAAUUCUUCAGAAAAAGUCUUUAAAAAUUUAGAAGUUAACUCUUUUAACUUCUAAACUUUUCAGAUUAACGCGAAUACUUACUUAGAGUUCAAUAAAUA